AUGCUUCCUAUUGUUUGUGCAGUUUCUUUCCAGCCGCAGCUGGGAAGCUGCCCGCAUUGCAGUGUUGAAGGCCCCCACCACGAUAUUUCCCUCAUGAGUCAUUUGGUUUGUAGGUUUGACCCGAGCGCAAGGGGCAAGGCAGUCAAUUUGCACAGUGUGAAACAGCUAGAACUGUCAUUGCCCUCGGCCUUGAGCUUUGCAAGAACCGAAGCAAAUAAGAAACAACAGCUGACCCGGCAGCCGAUUUCCUGCGUGGAUCUUUCUACGGCCAACACUGCCACAUCCACCGCCGCAGUAGUGAACUGGGUUGUUCCGGCCAGGAAGGAGGCAGCGGCUUUUAUGCCCUUCUUUGCCAUGCUUAUGUGCCACACUUCCACAUUUGUUUUUGCCUGCAGGUUUCAAUCUCCCAUUUAA